UUUGCUUGACAUUUUGUGGAUUUCUGCCCAAAACUCUAUCCAAUGAGCCAGUCAAACUGUGAUCCAUGUGAUACUUUCAUCAGAACAAAACGGGAGCUAUCUUCUCAACAAUAUAACGUGAUUUGCACAAACCCGGCCUUUUAUUGGUGCCGGUGAUCUGCCUCCAAUGGUAUGAGUGUCGGGCUAACAAGAGCCCAAAGGGAGAAAGAACCAAACGGAAACAUGGUUCUGAGAAUAAAACCAAGACUGCAGAUGCUGGAAAUCUGAAACAAAAUGUGUGUUUAUCUAUACACGUGGCUUGAUGUAUUUUUCCGUUUAUGGUGGUUCUGCCUUGAAAGGCAAAUGUAAUUUUCCGGACAAUCAGCCUGUGAAUCGUGAAUUAGUCACACCGCACUGAAACCGCCCCUUCAACCCAAUCUGUUCAUGCUGACAUCAUGCCCCAUGCUGUUUGCACGCACUAGUCCCAUAUCCCUCUAAUCCUUUCCUAUCCAAGUACCUGUCCAAAUGCCCUUUAAAUGUUGUUAUUGCGCCUGCCUCAACUACUUCCUCGUUCCAUACAUCCACCACCAUCUGAGUGAAAAUGUUGCUCCGCAGGUUUUCCCCUGUGAUCUUAAACCUGUCUAUGCCCUUUAGUUCUUGAUUGGGAGGAAAGCCUGUCUAUGCCCUCUACCUUGGGAGGGAACAAAACUGUGCAUUCACCCUAUCUAUUCCCCUCAUUAUUUUAUGCACCUCUAUAAGGCCACCCCCUAGCUUCUUCUUACGCUCGAAGGAAUAAAGUCACUGUGUUUACAUGCUCGGAAUCAUGAGCACGGCGAACCCCACCUCACUGUGACAUGGACGAGGUUCCAGAGAACUCUGCUUCUGAGGAACAUGACGUGGGAGUGGUGAAUGUUGUGUCUGAUAAGGGAAGCUGCUCGGCUCCCGCGAACCCAACACUGACUGCAGGGAGUUAAUCGACCCUUGUCACCCACCCCUAGAUCACGGGGCAGGUCUGGCGAGGAGGCGGCGUUGGCAAGACCAGUCCCCAAGACACCUCCCUAACGGCGACAGCCUGGUGGCGGCCGGCGGGCUGAUUGAGACCAAUAUCUGGCGUGACUUGAGGAAACUCCCGGCGAACAAGUUUGCAAAGGGUUUGAGAGAGGGAAAGGCUGACAGGAGUACGGAACAAGAAACUCAGUCUGAGUUCAGUUCGAAGUGGUGAAGAUCCCGGUGGACGUGGGGUCUAUUUGCGUUGGUGCAGGGUGCCCUAGAGUGUAAGGUUUCGGUGGGUGCAGGGGCCAGUGAGUGCAGGGUCCUAGUUUGUAUAAGGUCCCGGUUCCACUACACACGAUGUCAGCGGCGUGUUGCUCCUGAGCCAUCCCCUCUGCCUGCAGCCUGCAACAGUUGUUGUUGUUGUUGUUUGGGGAGGAGGGAGAGAGGGAGGCAGGCGUCUACUCCACAACAGCUCCGCUCUCACCCCGCUCCGGGAGUGGGUUCAGUGGGAGUUGAGUCGCUGGUGCCGGGAGAUCCAUGUCCGGGACCAUGUCCCAGGCAGAAGUCGACCUGAGCGGCUUCGGGGCGCUCGACUCGCUGCUCAACAGGAUGGGUGGUCGGCGGCGGCGGCUGUCGGGCAGAGAGGGUCGCCGGCCCCCGCACCGAACCCACAGGAAGAGCUCGGUGGACAUCGAGCUGGGCGCCGACGGCUUGCUGCUUCGCCACCCGACCUGGGCUCACCUUUGCGAACCGCCCGCCCCCGACCCCGACCCCGAGCCGGCUGUGGACGUGGGGGUGGACGGGCCAGGGCCAGGGCCAGUCCCCGACCCCAGCGCCGCGCCGCUGCCCAAAGCCCCGGCCAACAGCUCGGACACCGAGGAUGGCAGCCCCCGCGCCCCGCACAAGGACGUGGAGCCCGAGGAGAACGAGCUGGAGAUGAAAGCGAUCGACACUUCUCCCGACGGCAGGUUCCUCAAGUUCAACAUUGAGCUGGGCAGAGGCUCCUUCAAGACGGUCUACAAGGGUUUGGACACAGAGACCACGAUGGAGGUGGCAUGGUGUGAGUUGCAGACUCGGAAGUUAUCGAAGGCAGAGAGGCAGCGCUUCAGUGAGGAGGUGGAGAUGCUGAAGGGUCUACAACAUCCCAACAUUGUGCGAUUCUACGACUCCUUCAAGUCUUCUGUGAAAGGCCACAAGUGUAUUGUGCUGGUGACUGAGCUCAUGACAUCAGGGACACUCAAAACGUACCUAAAACGUUUCAGAGCAAUGAAGAAUAAGGUUCUGCAGAGGUGGAGCAGACAGAUCUUGAAGGGUCUUCAAUUCUUGCACACCCGAUCUCCUCCCAUUAUCCACCGGGACCUGAAAUGUGACAACAUCUUCAUCACUGGUCCCACUGGCUCGGUAAAGAUCGGAGACCUUGGUCUUGCAACUCUCAAAAGUGCCUCAUUUGCAAAGAGUGUGAUCGGUACUCCCGAAUUUAUGGCCCCAGAGAUGUAUGAGGAAAAGUAUGAUGAAGCUGUUGAUGUUUAUGCAUUUGGCAUGUGCCUAUUGGAGAUGGCCACCUCCGAAUACCCAUACUCAGAGUGCCAUAACGCAGCCCAGAUAUAUCGCAAAGUAACCAGUGGUGUUAAACCAGCCAGUUAUAACAAGGUAAAAGUCCCAGAACUCAAAGAGAUCAUUGAAGGAUGUAUCCGCCAAAAUAAAGAUGAGAGCAGGUACACCAUUCAGGACCUUCUCGAACAUUCAUUCUUCCAAGAGGACACUGGAGUCCACGUGGAGCUUGCAGAGGAGGAUGACGGAGCAAAAUCUGCCCUGAAGCUCUGGCUCCGCAUGGAUGAAUCCAAGAAACUCCAUGGCAAAUACAAAGACAACAAGGCCAUAGAGUUCCUCUUUGAACUAUACAAGGAUGUUUCAGAAGAGGUGGCCCAGGAAAUGGUGACCUUGGGUUUUGUUUGUGAGGCUGACUACAAAUUAGUUGCAAAGGCCGUCAGAGACCGUGUGACUGAGGUCAAGAGGAAGCGUGAACGCAACCAACGCGUGCAGGACGAUUUGAAGAAAAAAGAGCAGGAGAAAAAGCAAAAGAUUUGCGAGCUCUUGGAAGAACUGAAGCUGCCGCCAGACGCGACGGAAAGUGCAGCUGGAGUUACUCAGCCAGCUCCGUCCCUUGUCGUCACACGUCCCACUGAGGUGUUGCUGAACUCUCCCUUUCCCCCAGAACCCGAGGAGCCAGAGGCUGAUCAGCAUCAGACGUUUCGAUACAGGAAUACAAACUACUCUUCAGCCACAUCUGAUUGUGAGACUGAUGGUUAUCUGAGUUCUUCUGGAUUCCGGGAUUCCAGUGACAAUCUGCACAUGGCCGGUCGGCUGGCUCCAAAGUCUGGAACUGGGCUCCAGUUUCCUGCAAACAUUGCUGUAACCAUUCCCUCGAAACAACAUUCAUCUCUUCCCAGUGGACUAAAUUCACCAGGUGACAGCUAUGCCUCGGAUGCUGCUUCUGGAAUGAGUGAUGGCUAUGAAGGCCUAUCGGCAGGAGAAGGUUCAGCAAAUCUGCCAGUCAAACGCAUCUCGAGUAAACUCGUCCGAAAGCGCGGCAGAUCCAGGCUACGGAUCCUGAAUGUUUCCGACAAAGGAGAUCGAGUUGUAGAAUGCCAAUUGCAGACGCACAACAACAAGAUGGUGACCUUCAAGUUUGACCUGGAAGGUGACUGCCCAGAAGAUAUUGCUGCCGUUAUGGUCAAUCAGGAGUUCAUUCUACAGUCGGAGCAGGAUGGUUUCAUCAGCAAGCUGCAAGAAAUCAUACACAAGGCAGAGGCCGUGUUGAAGAAGGACAUUCACAAUGCAGAUGCAGCGACCAAGCAGCCAAGUACUGCGAGCUCCUACGAUUUGCAAGAGGCAGAAAAGUCAAACCAGCCACCGCAACAUUCAUCAAUGUCUUCAGUUGGAAUAGGUGUGGGCACCUCGCAUAGCCAUGUGGUACAGUCUCCGACAAGGACGUUUCUGGUCAGCCAUGUUCCUGAAACUUCAUCAAAUGUGACCUACCAAGCCAGAGCAACAACCCAACCAACUCCAACCAGCCGCACAUCGUCCACAACAUCUAGCCCUGUGGCACACUCCAGUCAUGACCCUGCAUCGUUCUCUGAAAACGUACCCAGUGAAAUGGACCCGUUUAUGCCCACAACAUCUCUCCCUGCUGCUGCUUUUACUUCAAAUAUGUAUCUAAACCAAGCACUGAAUCAGCAGGGAAAUAGGCAGCAUUCUGCCCAAAGAGAAUCUCCAAUAAUAGGAACAGAGAAUGUUGAUACACAACAGCCACCAUUUCUGCAGCCUCAGAGUACGGCCUGGCCACUGUCUACCCAGCCCUUGUUUGUACUGGCUGACGUGCUGUCCUUGAUGUGCAUGAGUCAUCUGGCCAAUUCAAUCAUUCCCAGCAACUCCUCGCAGUCACUUCUGAGAUCACCCAGCAGGAACAACUCAUCCCCGGGCUCACCUUCGUUUUCACCUGUUAACCUUCCCGGCUCACCUCAUCUAUUAUCUCCAGGACCAUAUGUUGGACAACAACCAAGUAAUGGCAUCAGAUGUUUAGACAAGCAACUUGGAUCAUUUUCUGAAUGCAAUAGUUCGCAUGCAGCACUUGGAAACGUCAGCCAUUUGCCAGGAACAUCACCCUCUGCAUUCAAUCACUUGAUAUCAUCAAAUAGUAAUGCUGGCUUGAGUCCAUUGUAUCUAGAUAUCCCACGGCAGAAAGUAGUUCCUCCUCUGCGUGCCAUGCCAAUUCCAAUACCAACUUCUUACUGGAACUCCAUCGCACCAGAAACCUCUCCUAUGCACACGUAUCCCAGUCCUACAUUUGAUCUUGCAGCUUCUCUUUCACCACAGCAGAACGGCAAUCUAGGAAAUUAUGGAAACUCUGAUUUCCACGGAAGAAUAUCAACCUCGCCUUCUGUGCCUCAAACGUCUGUUACAGAUCAUGUGGGCAGCUCAACCACAGAGCUUGAGAGCAGACAGUUCUCACUAUUGGAUAUAAGUAACAACAACAUACCACCAAUGACUGUAACUGAGGCCUUAACGCCACAGUCGGGAAAACCAUCACUGCCUUCUAUAACUGAGGAAUUCAAAAAUUUUCAACCUAUACCAUUUCAGUCCCUUCCAAUGGGACACUUUGAGGGUUUGAAAAUUCAUGAUCUGGCUAGAAAGGAUUCUCAGCUAACAAAACAAGGGGACCCUCAUACAAAAGACCAGUUGGUCCCAGGCAACUACACCAUUUUGCACUCAACGAUUGCGCUCAAGGAUUCAUUGUUGGAGGUUGGAUCAAGUGUUGCAUCGGGAGGUUAUCAAGACGUCAACAACAGCUGUGCCCCUUUGCCAAUUUCACCCAUACAGUUGUUGCAGCCUUCUGCAGAUAUUCCUGUUGCUGCUACCAUCACUCACUCUCCAGAGCAUAACAGAACAGUCACCAUAAACAGUUCAGGAGAUGAAAACCAAAACAGUGAUUGCAAGCUGUCAGAUGAGCACAGCUACUCCGUACUAUUGCCUGGACGGAUGCAGCAUCCACGGGCUUCAAUCUACGUCAGCAGCGAUGACUCUGAAACUGAUGACGAUGAGAUCUUUGAAGAGCUGCAAACUCUGAGAGAAAAGCACAUGGCAGAAGUUCAGAGAUUGCAGGCAAUGCAGAAAAAGGAGAUUGAGCAGCUGUAUGAAAAGAUGGGCAAAGUGCCUCCUGCGGGUAUAGUUUCACCAGCAGCAAUCCUGAACGGAAGACAAAGGCGUUUGUCCAAGGGCAAUUUUAACCAAUCCCGCCGUAACAGCCUGCAACGUCUCGAACCUUUACAACAAGCAGGCUUCAGCAGAAGGAGUUCCUUAACUGGCAGCUGCAGCUCACUAGAUCAACGCCAAACCCAGUCCACUGUUGGUGGGGGUUACUUUUCCUAAUAGCUUCUAAAUGGUUAUAAACAGUUGGCCUUCAGAAGCUAUGGCUUUACACGGUAAAUUUAAAGUGAAUGGAGCAGAAAUAUUUCCGUUUCUAACCAGGCAAAAGCAGAAGCUCUUGCAAACCAAUUUCAACACGUUUUCACCUGGGAAGAUGUGGAGCCUUCAUCAUUUCCAGUCCUACCGCCCAGCUGAUAUGCCUGCUAUUAAAAUUGAGGUUGAAGGCGUAAAGAAGUUAUUGCUCAACAUCAAUAUCACAAAAGUAAUUGGACCAGAUCAGAUACAGAAUCAAGCCCUCAAGAUCGCAGCCAAAGAACUGGCUCCAGUUUUGCAGUUCAUUUUCCAACAAUCGCUUGAAAGGCCAACAUCACUCCUCUCUUUAAGAAGGGUUCAACCACCAACCCAGUGAAUUAUCGUCCUGUUUCAUUAACAAGUACUUGCUGCAAAUUGCUGGAACAUUUAAUUGAUAGUAAUCUGAUGCGACACGUGAGCAAACACAACAUUCUUGCUGACAACCAACAUGCAUUUAUAGGAGGCAUAGAUCAUGCGAGUCUCAGCUUAUCCUGACGUCAAAUAACCUGGCCAAGCACCUUGAUAGUAACGUCAUCACGGGUUGUGCUGGACUUUUCUAAAGCAUUUGAUGUCAUCCCACACCAGAGACUGCUUUGGAAGCUUGACUUCUAUGGUAUUCGUUCCAACACGAAACGAUGGAUUUCCAGUUUCCUGACAAAACGUCUUCAGCGUGUGUGUGUGAACGGAAAGAGCUCCAAUUGGCAUCCGGUGUUGAGUGGUACACCUCAGGGCACAGUACUUGGCCCACACCUAUUUUUGCUUUACAUAAAUGACAUCCAUGAAAAAGUCGCAAGUACGACCAGACUUUUCGCUGAUGAUUGUUUGCUGUACCGUCCAAUUAAGUCAGCUGAUGAUGAAGAUGCUCUCCAAAAGGAUCUUGAUACUAUGGUUGAGUGGUCACAACAAUGGGGCAUGCAGUUCAACCCUUCCAAAUGUGAAACUAUGCGUGUCACCAGAAAGAGGAAUCCAGGCGAAACAUCUUACAAUAUACUUGGUGCCACCCUUGAAGAAUCCAAACAAACCAAGUAUCUUGGCAUCAAAUUGCAGAAUGAUCUGCGUUGGAAUGGACAGACUCAUCAUGCAACGGUGAAAGUAACAGGUGUCCUAAACUUUCUGAGGCGCAACUUUCAUCAUUGUUCAACUUCUGUCAAGGAGAAACUAUAUAUCCCUCGUUCAACCUCGCUUGGACUACGCGGUUGCAUCAUGGGACCCAUACACAAAUAAAAACAUUUCAUCCAUCGAACGUGUCCAAUAGGCAGCUCGAUUUGUUACUAACACCUAUGAGAGAGAAGCGAGUGUCGCCAAACUUCUUAAUUCUCUGGGGUGGAACCCUCUCCAAAACAGACGUGAAGCUCACCGUUUGACCUGUUUUUACAAAAUGUUAAAUGGUCAGCUCGACAUAGACUACAAGACCUACACCAAACCCAAACCAAUUAGGAGCAGACGAGGGCAUUCGAUCCAAUUUGUGAUCCCAGCCACAAAGCAUCCCAGUAUACAGCAAUUUGUUCUUCCCCCGCACAAUUAAAGCAUGGAAUAAUCUCCACCCAACUAUAGUUACCCAACCAGAUGCAACUAAAUUUAAAGUAGCUCUUUCUUCCCAAUAGCCCUUUCUGGCUUAAGCCCACCCUUCACCACCUCCAGUUUAAAUUCCAUUGGAAUAUUUUGGAAUACCAAGAAACCAAGAACCAAGAACUGCAACUAGGAUCUGGGACGAUAAUACAUCAAGGGCUUCAGCUGUAGAAAUCAGCAUUUGUUGAUUUGCUUCUUGAGCAGUUACUGUUGUAACUAGUUUGGACAUGGGCUGAUCUGUGAUAUAAGUAGUGAACAGUCUGAUCUGUUUUCUGAUAUAAAAUAUCUUGUUUUAUAUGAACACAGGAACCUGAAGCAGAAGUUCAGAAGAUAGCAUGAUGAUCCUCGUCAGAAAUUCUCUAUACUGCUCAGAAACCUGAAAAGAUAUUGCUUUUGAAUUUUUUCUUCCAAGCACUACUAUAUUUUUAGAAACACUAAGGAAUCAGCAUUGUUUAAAUCAGAUUACUUUAUCUCAUGUGAAAGAUUUUAACAAUAUUUUUAUCAUAAUAAAUAUUUUCCUCACUACAGAAUCUUUCAUUAAAAAUACUAUUCUUGAUAAUCUUUAAGGAAAUCUGAUCAAAUCAGAUUUUAAACCAAAUAAGAAAAUAAACCGGGUAAUAAUUGCUGCCUUAAUUUUAGAGAAUGUUUGUUAACCCUGUAAACAAUGUUUAGCCAACUCCAUAAUAUAAGAACACUGAAUGUUAAGCAGCCAAUAAAAAUCAUUUUUUAUAUUUUUGUAUUGAAAUGUUUUUCCGCUGUCACAAACUGUAAGGAUUGAAUUUAUUCAUUCUGGUUGUCUUUGUAUAUAUGUAUAGUGUGUAAAGUUUAAACAGUAAAUUAUACAAAGAUUAUAUUGAUAAUUGGAUCCCUAAUUUUAAAAUAAGCUAUAAAAGUAACUUUGGAAGAUUUCUUUUGCUUUACAAUAAACUUGAUAUUUGCUUCUAUUAAACACAAAGGUGUCAUUUCACCAGAGACGUUUUCUCUUUUUGUAAAAUAUUUUACCUGUCUGAAUUGUAACGCUGACUUUGGUGUAAAUGUGUAUCUUAAAGGAAUUGUAUAUUUCCAGACAAUUAUUGGUUAUCUUAAGAAAAUUGAUCUUGUAUAAAUCCUUAUGAUUCAAACCAUUAAAUGUAUACACUUGUAAUGAGAA